AUGAACACUACAGGUUCUCAGAGGAGCUCCCGUGUCCAAAGAGGGUGUUAUAUGGAAACUAGAGGUGGAAAUACAACUUUUGGUGUUAUGAUUGGUGCGCUAGGGCUACUUUUUGGAGAGUUUGGAUUUGGAAUGUUUGUUGAGUUGAAUUUCCACAACUUUGGUGGUGUUUGGAGAUGA